AAUUUCAGAUAAAUUUACAUAACAAGUGUUCUUGUGCAGCUGUAAUAUAUAUUAAUGCUUUUAUUUAAGCGUGUGUUGCUUCGAUAAUCAAAACUGCAUUAUGAUCUGCUGGUUAAACCUCUAGAAAGGAAUUUCUUUUCCCUUUUCUCUUCUUAGGGUGAAACUUUCAGUUUCAAUCGAGUUAUCCAAGUUUCCCUUGUAGUAGAAAGUAAAAGUGCCAUCGGCCAUCUGGAUUUGUUUUCCUCAGGCUUUUGUGAUCAAAUGCUCAAAUGCCAUUGGUGCAGGAGUAACGUCAUAAGAAUAUGGUGGCCAAUCAGUUCGCUCACGAACGAUUCAAUAAAUUAACUCUGUUCAUUUACGUACAUAACUGAUCGUCGCUUAAGUCUCUAAGUUUCUAUAGUAUUGAGGCCGACAAACCUUUACUAAGACCUCAUCUCACUCUUAAGACUUGAUGUAACGACCGCCGUGUUUUCGUGUUAAUGCACAGUUUGACAAUCGGCGGUAGUUGAAUGUUGAUCAUAAUGCGAUUUCUCAGUACAAAACACAUUUGGACCCCACGUGUACGUCACAGCGCUAGCUACACUGGCUGAAUUUUCCUGACCGCCAUCUUGUAUUGCCUUAAGGACCGUUUUACACUUUUCGGUAGCAAGCGGACAAAUAAUGGUCAUGAAGAGGUCUUCUGAUUCAGAGACGCUUACGAAGCCAAAACGGAUUCGUUCUCAGAGGGAAUUCGACGAUAAUGGGGUUCGCGAUAGACUAUCUUCGCCGGAAAGCGCGCGGGAUAGUGGUUCCCCGAUCCGCCGAAGUUCUUCAUUGACAAGGAAGAUCGAUGUUAGGACGUAUAAGCGUAGCUCAAAUGUAAAUAUGCGGAACGAAAAUAACUACCAAAACCAGCGAAAGAGGACAGACCGAGAGUCUGAACCCCACAUCCGGCUCUCGAAUCUUCCCAGUAAUGUUGGAGACCAGUCAGUGAAAGAAGAAAUAUUCCAUGAGUUUAAAAAGUUCGGAGGCGCCGAGAUAACCGUGCACUUGUCUGGACGGGAUGAUGACCGUUAUGGAAUUGUAUACUUCCGAAACAUUGACGAUGCUCGUGAGGCAAGGCGUGCUAUUGAACGCCGUGGACGUCUUCUUCUGUUCGAUCGGCCGGUUCUUGUAGAUUACGAUUUUUCCGAAAGGACGUCUCGACGAAGUUAUAGUCCGAACGAGUACCCGCAGAACUACAAUCGACCGCCUUCUCCCACACGUCGAACUCAACGAAAUAAUCCACAGUUUGAUCUCGAUCGAAAUCGUAAUGACAACGAUCGAAAGAAUUUUAAAAGUACAGGCAUGUUUGGACAGCAAAAUCAAAUUCGGCCCGCAGAGUACAUUCCCCCUGAAGAUGACCCAAAAGCUACGAGGACGCUGUUCGUCGGAAACUUGGAAACGGGCAUUUCUAGUCAGGAAUUGCGUCGUUCCUUUGAGAGAUUUGGAGCUGUUUUAGAUGUUGAUAUCAAACGGCCAGCUCGUGGACAAGGUAACACCUAUGCUUUUGUGAAAUUUGCAGAUCUUGAUGUUGCUGCUAAAGCGCGUGUGGAUAUGCAAGGUGAAAUCAUCGGUCGUAACCGCGUGAAAAUUGGCUACGGAAAAAGUCAACAAACUACCCGUUUAUGGGUGGGUGGUUUAGGGCCGUGGACCUCGAUUGUCGAGCUGGAACGAGAAUUUGAUCGGUUUGGUGCCAUCAGACAGACUGACUACGAAAAAGGUGACGAUCAUGCUUAUAUUUUGUACGACAGUUUGGAUGCUGCGUCAGUCGCUGCACGUGAAAUGCGUGGAUUUCCACUCGGCGGCCGUGAUCGUCGUUUGAAAAUUGAUUUUGCCGAUAAAGACCAUUUACAAGACCCGCGUUUAAGACAACCACUAACUCCACCGAGAAAUCGUAUCAAUAAUGUCGACAACAGAGUUGAUGAGGACUUGUUUGCUCUGGAUCAGGGAAAUAGGACCUACGAAAGUGACCGAGUAUACGAUCGUAAGCGAGAGCCAUCGCCUUACCGCGGUCGGGAACCUCUUCCUUCAAAUGAAAGUGAUUACAGAAACUGGCGUGAAGAGGGUAAUUCGUUUAAACACGAUAUUGGACGUCAACAUGAUCUUCCUCCCCAGAGAUCUUUUAGCUCAAGCAGCUGGCCACGAGACGAGCAAAACGUUUGUGUUGAUGACUCAGAUAAUUGGGACAAGAGGUCUCAGGACCGGAAUUCUAGAGGGCAGCAACGCUUCAGACAGCGACCUCCUCCAAUGGAUGAUUUUCCACCCAAUGACCAUUCACCAUUGCCUCAGCGAGAGAUUGACAUCAGCAGGACUAGAAAACGUAGACCACCUUCACCUCUGCGGAGCAAAGAAUACAGGGACAAUGGAAGUCCCCCAAAACGUCGUAAAAGCCCAAGAACUAGGUCUCCCUCUCCAAACCACGCAAACCACUCUCGUACAACAUCACCUUCAGACUCCCAUCGUCGAUCAAGUUCUUUAGACACACGCUUCAGUCGUUCAGUCAUUCUAAAUUCUGGCAAUGGUACUGAGCACAAAAGGAGCAGUAGCAAUGAUCCUAAUGACAACAAAACUCCCAGCGAUAAAGAAGAUUCUCUGAAAGACGUGCAGCCAAAGGAAUCAGCUGAACAGGGAAAUGAGAAUGCCAGCUCUACUGGAACAGAAACCUUACAAGAUCUUGUGAAAAGAUUUGCUGUUGCUUGGCGUGGUGGACUCAUCCUUAAAAAUAGUGCAUUUCCUGUUCGCAUGCAUUUCAUUGGUGGAAAUCCUGAAGUUGCUGACUCAUUGCUUCGCUCUGAUGGUUCUGGUUCCUCACAGAAUUCAAUUUUGCGUAUUACUCAACGUCUUCGUUUGGACCAACCUAAACUGGAGGAAGUUACCCGAAGGAUUAAUACUGCGGGAGCUAGCGGGCAUUGCUUGUUACUUGCUUUACCUGGUGUCCAAACACCACUUCCGGAUGACCCAGAUUCUGAUGAAGCUUUGCAACAAAGACCAUUGAGGAAUCUCAUGACCUAUCUCAAGCAGAAACAAGCAGCUGCAGUUGUAAACCUUCCUGUGACUCCUGGAAAUCCAGCAACAACAAAGGAUGAUGUAGGUGUUUUACAUGCAUUUCCUCCAUGUCAGUUUUCACAUGAGCAUCUGGUGCGUAUAGCUCCACACUUGUCACCUGAACCAUCAAAAGAAGAUCAUCUGGUUAUUCUUGUUAUCCGUGGCAGUGGCUGAAAAUAAGUUUGUGCAUGACUCUAAAGUUUUUUUUCAUCACUCGUGUAUAUUAAAUGCUGCUUCAUUAUUGGAGGACUGGCUUCCUUAGAUUUGUUUAAUUGUGAACUCUCUCCUGGAACUCAAAAAGCCCAAAAGCUUGUUGUCACCUUGUUAUCUCAACUGGAAUCAAGUUUAUGUGUUAAUGAACUCAUCAAAUUAUCUGCAGUUCUUAUUCAUUUGGAUCAAGACCUUAUCAUAAAGAACUCUUGCCAAGUUGCAUUAUUAUUACCAAUAACUUUUCAUAAAUCUUUUUUGUCUCAUCACCUUUUAUUCUGCCUGGUCUUGAAGUGCAGGCUUGGAAAUAUCUACGAGGCUCACAGCUUGGAAGAUGCCUUCUCCAAAUUGUUAAGCUGCAGUUAAGUGGUUCUUACAGAUCUUCGUAUCUUUUUUUGGCCUUUGUAAUUCAUGUGAGGUAAUAGGCUGAGGACUCCUAGACUAGGUUAUGCUCUUAAUCGUGCUUACUAGUAGUGGUCAACACUGUAGUUAGAAGAGUGGUCUGUCUUUUAAAGUGUUAAGAGUGCACUUACUGCAGACUAAUCUGAGUGCACUGUAGCUUUGACAUCCUCAUAAAGCACUUUAAACUUGUGUCAAAUGCAUCCUUCUGACUAUAGAUAUCAAGCUCUGGUAAAUUGUCUUUCAUGGAUGUUGGUAGGAAUGUUGAGUAGGAUUUUUGUGUUUAGUCAAACAAGAUGAGUAAGCAUCUCUGAAUUAUGGCAUUUUCAUUUCUUUUACACUAUAGUUAAUUGAUGUUAAUUCAAGGUGACAUCCCCCUCCUGUUAAAUUUAGACAAGGCUCUUUUCAAUUGGUUGUCUUAAAUUAUAACCAAGGUAACCAUGGAAGUCAAACAGGCUAAAAGUCAUUAGAGCCAAUGCAGUUCAAAGGUGGACAACUGAAAAUGGUCUGUACUUCAAGGAAGUGAGACUGACCAAAUCUUAGUUGUUUUGAAUUUUAAAUCUGAUCAGUUAGAAGCGAGACUUGAGACCAGUCACAGAGUCCCCUUGCAUGCAAUUUUAAUUCCAGAUUACCACAGACAGUCAUUUGAAAAUUGCCCUUGCUGUACAUCUUAACAGUUUAACUCAAUAAAGAAGCAUUUCAGCCUCUAAGAAGCAGUAUAAUUAAAAGUCAUGCAUAUUUUAACCAAUAAUUAGUGUUCUACCAAGAUGUUUGCUUUAUAUUAUGCAAAUUGUUAAUCCAUACGUAACUUUGUAGCAGUCAGGUUUGUUAUUGUUAUCCAAAGAAUGAAAAUGGCUAUGUGUAGGUUCUAUACAGGGAUGGUUAUUGGUAGACAUAUUACAGUUUCCAAUGAUAUUACUACACUCGGUAACUCGGAGGAUGCGAAGAAUUGAGGCUCUGAUCUCUUCUACUUUUAUCCUGUUGGAGCUAGAUGGAAAGUAUGCCUUCUUUGGUUCAUGUGCAUUUGGCAUGUUAACAUACUUUUGAACUCUUUGACUGUAGCAAUUAAAUGGAAAUGCAUUUAUUAAACUGAUUAUGAAAGA